AAAGAGAGCGGAGAGGUUGAGGAAGGUGGUGUGCAGGGGGCGGGGGUGGUGGUAAAAGGCUGGGACUUUCCCCCACGUGGUUCCCUGGGAGGGGGGAGGGUAACCUAGAAAGCUGAGGGGCAGAAAUUUGGGGAUACUGCUCUUCCUAUGCUUGUCAUCCUGUUCCCCUGAGAGCACCUUUGCUUCUGUCAAAUCUGUAUGUAGUGUAUGUAUGCAGCUGGACAUCAACCUCCAAACCCCUGCCCCACGGGAUUACGGACUAGAGGAAGGUGGACACCAUUUAGGAAAUGGGGAGGAUGGGGACACAGAGGUCUGGAGGGAAGAGCAACCUAAACCUUGUAGUUAGCUGUACAACAAGCACAAGGGAGGGGGCAUCACGGGUAGGGGUGGACAUAGUGGGCACGAAGGGGAAGCAAGAUGAAUGGAUAUAUGCACAUAUCGGGGGGGAUAUGGAGGGGACUUAAUAGCAUUGUAUCCAGCAGUACAGAAGAGAGAAGUACCACGGACACUGAGAAGGUAGCAGCGCGGACUGGGAUGGACCCGAACAGGGCGGAGUUCUGAGGACCCGCGGGAGUGGCGGGACAGGGGCGGUGGCUGGGGCUCGUUGUCCUUGCAUUUCUUCCUCCGCUCCGGCAGUUGGCGCUGCCCCCAAGCGCAAGAAGGAGGAGUCGAAGGAAGGAGGCAAUGAGGAGGAAGGGAAGAGAAAAGGGGCCGAGCCUUGACGCAUGCGCAACGCUCUCCGAGGCCGGUUCGGCUCCUUGUUUUGUACGGGCCGGAGGUACUGAGUGGACCUGCACGUGGAGCAUCAUGGUGGUGGGCACGGGCACUUCUUUGGCCCUCUCCUCGCUCCUGUCCCUGCUGCUGUUUGCAGGAAUGCAGAUGUAUAGCCGGCAGCUUGCUUCCACUGAGUGGCUUACUAUCCAAGGAGGUCUGCUGGGUUCAGCAUUGUUUGUGUUCUCCCUUACUGCCUUCAACAAUUUGGAGAACCUGGUCUUUGGUAAAGGGUUCCAGGCCAAGAUCUUCCCUGAGAUUCUCAUCUGCCUCCUAUUGGCUCUCUUUGCCUCUGGCCUCAUCCACCGAGUCUGUGUAACUACCUGCUUCAUCUUCUCCAUGGUUGGGCUUUACUACAUCAACAAGAUCUCCUCUGCUUUGUAUCAGGCAACUGCACCAGUAAUCGUCCCUGCCAAAGUCACAGGCAAAAGCAAGAAGAGGAAUUGACCCCUCAGUGACCAAUAAAACUAACAUAACUCCUUUGUAA